AACCAGAUGACAUAAUUCUCCCUCAAGUAUGUAGUAUCGAGCUUGAGAAUCUACCAAAUUUGGUCCACUUUUGUACUAGGAUGUCUGAAUUAAGGUGGCUGUCUCUGAAAGAACUAAGAAUCAUGAAUUGUUCUAAAAUGGGGUCCUUUGUUUCAACUUCAAGCUUGGAAAAUGACUCAAACUCCAUUAAAGUGUUCUUUGUUGAAAAGGUUGUUUUUCCGAGCUUGGAGAAACUGCGAAUCGACAACCUUGAGUGCGUGAAUACCUUAUGGCAUACAGACACUAUGGCUGAAGCAUUUAGUCAACUCAGUAUCCUAGAGGUCAGAAACUGCAACAAUUUGGUAAAACUUAUCCCCUCAAGUUUACUCCCAAGGCUGCAGAAUCUGGAAGAGUUACAUGUAAAUCAAUGUCGUUUGCUCGAGAUGAUUCUAGAACAACUAGAAGAAAAUUCUAUUGAAAAAGUCAUGUUUCCUAAAGUUUACACUGUUCCGGCGGUGGUGGUGGUGGCAAUUGGUGAGGGUGGGGUGACAGUUGUGGUGGUGGUGGGCGAUGGAGUGGUGGCCGUGGGCGGCGGUGGUGGUGGUGGUGGUGAGAUGAAUUCUGAAGAGAAAGAUGUACUGGGUUUUUUCUAG